AUGGAUUUAGCAAUGUGGUAUUUUGAAAGAGCGUUGAAUAUUUGUCCAAAAUUAAAUAACGAAAAUAAUGAAUUUUCUCAAUCACAAUAUUGGCUGGAAAAUGCUUGUGAAAUUCGUGUUCGAAAUUCAGACGAUGAACAAUAUAAAGCUAUUUUAAAGAAUAAUUUUUAUCUCGCAUUGGUCGAUAUUCAUAAGCGACGUAAAACAUUUCAUUUAGCUGUGUGUUAUUGUCAACUAGCACAAACAUACGAUUCAAAAUGUCUCAAAAUCUAUGAACAACUAGCAAGUAUUUAUGAAAAUAUGCAUCAAUAUAAAGAUGCAAAAAUAUGUUAUGAGAGAGCAAUUGAAUUAAACACAUCAUUACAAUGA